AACAUGUUCAGAACAAAAUGUCGAGACUGACAUGAUGGACGAAUUGGAUGCACUUGAAACAUCACGGUGGGCCCCAAAAGCCUAUUUUACAAACGUUGUAGAGGAACUGAACUCCUGAUUAAUUAAACCUUCGUCCGGUACUUAUUUACAAUUCUAACAAUUGCCACCGACGAACGGACCCUACUCCACUGCCACGUGUGCAUCAUCUGUCGUCAACACCGAAGACGAUAUCAGAAGUCCAAAAGAGAGAGCAAGCACCUUCUUCCCAAAGAGACCCACCAUUCGCAGCCUCUUCCCAAAUUGCCCUCGAUUUUUCCGAAUUGCCCUCGGAAGUUUCCUCCCUCCGUCCCGAUCGCAAGUUUUCCUUCAUUGCCACGUGGCGGAAUCUGGUGAAUUUUAUCUGGAACUCCAUGGAUUACCGUCAAAGAAAAGAGAGGAGCGGAGAGGAAAUGUCGGUAACGCAUGCCGAUCUUGAAAUCGGACGGCGGAGCAGAGAUCUGGGUGGGAAGGCAGGGACGGCUGUGAUUGUUCUCUGCCUUUUUUGCGGGCUUCUGGCGUUCGUGUUCUGUGUUCUUGCAGAACGGUGGAGAUCCAUGGCCGGAUGGGUUAUGGUGAUGACUGGCGUGGGAAAGAGUAGAUUUGAAUGCGUGUAUAGUGGAAAUGGCGAAAUUGCCCUUCUGUGUGGGUUGGGAGGCUUUCUCACCCUAGCCAUUGCUAUGAUAAUCCAACAUGCUUACAUGUGGGUGGCUCUGGUCAGCAGCACAUCACCGAGGGUAGGAUCGUCCCACCUCACUAUUUGGGAAACGGACUCAUCCACCAGCUUGUUAGCAAAGCAAGCGGCUAUUUUGUUCCUCACUGCAUGGGUUUGUUUUGGAGUUGCUGAGGUCUUGUUGGUGAUCGGAGUGGCAGUUGAAUCUAACCACUUGGGAACCUGGAGAGAACCUAGGAAGAACUGCCUAGUUGUCAGGCAUGGUUCGUUUCUAGCUGCAGGCAUUUUCGACCUGUUUACGGUAUUUCUAGCAACCGCCUUUUAUUUUGUGGUCUUGAAAAUGCUAAGAGUGAGAGAAGGUGAGGCUGCUGUCCAAAGAGAGGUGGUGGAAGUGGCACUCUUCUCUACGCCUCAAUCAACACUCUCUGACGCUGUUUCACCGACCCAUAAUUCAGCUGUGGAUUUGGAAGGUGUUGUUGAAGAGUCGCAUGCAAGAGACAGACAUGUAGAGAUUGUGAAAGCAUCGGAUUCGAGUUGAUGUGCUACUGAAUUGGAAGACUUUGAUAUGCAAUUGAAGCCCUCGUUGAUUUUUUUGCUGUCUGGUUAAAAUUGUUGUUGAAAAUUCUUGUUUAAUUCCUUUUUUAAAGAAAUUUUCUGAAGGAUUUGUUGUUUUUUGCUAAAUGGUUGGAGGAAUUGCUGGAUGUUCAUGUUUGACAGAUUUUUUCUCCAGAUUUUCUACAUCUAGUUUGUAGCAAUAGAAGUUUGCUGGCUACUGUCGUUUUAGGCAA